UCCUAAAUUAUUAUAGCCUUCGAAGUCAGCCAUAUGACGUUCAAAUUUAAUUACGACUUAUUGAUCUGUUCUUUCGUCUUGGUUUUUUUUCAAACUGACUGAGCAUUAAUUGAUCAGUUCUUUCGUCUUGGUUUUUUUUUUUUUUGGUCUGAAGUUCUUUCGUCUUGUUUGAGCAGCGGGGAGGAGAGAUAGAAAGAUGGCAGAAGUUGUUACUUUUGGUGUCCAGGAAACACUGAGGAAAGUGACUUCACUUGCCGCUCAAGACUUGAGUCUUGUGUGGGGCUUCGAAGGAGAGGUCACAAAGCUGCGUGAUUCGCUGUCCAUGGCUCGAGCUGUGUUGCGAGAUGCCGAACAAUCUAAAGGAAGGACCGAGGCGGUGGGCAUGUGGGUGGAGAAGCUUGAAGACAUAGCUCAUGAGGCUGAUGAUGUGCUGGAUGAAUACAGAUAUGAACUUCUCCGGCGUAAGGUCGAAGUGCAAAAGCAAAUGAAGAAAAACGUGAGCAACUUCUUUUCACUCCACAAUCCAAUUGCAUUUCGCCUAAAAAUGGCACAUAAGAUUACGAAGGUGAACGCUGCUUUGGAAAAUUUGAAUAACAAGGCAGCUGGCAUUGGGCUUGUUGCUAGGUCAUCGAGAUUCGAACCUGAAACUUCUCAUAGAGGAGUAGCACUACUUGACAGGGAAACCGUCUCCAGCUUUGCUCAAGAUGAGAAGUACAUCGUCGGAAGGGAGGAGGUUGUGUCACACAUAGUUACAACCUUGACCAACUCAAGCAAUUACCAAGAGAACUAUCUCUCGGUGAUGCCCAUUGUGGGAAUGGGAGGGUUGGGGAAAACAACUUUGGCUAAAUCUAUAUAUCAUCAUCGGGAGAUCAGUAGGCACUUUGACAAAAAAAUAUGGAUAUGUGUAUCCACCCCUUUUAAAGUCAAGAAGAUUUUAAGCGGGAUCUUGGAAAAACUUAAACCAGAAAAAGCUGGGAUACGAAGCAAGGCAACAAUAUGUGAAAACCUCCAAGAAGAUUUGAAAGGGAAACAGUAUCUUGUGGUGCUUGAUGAUGUUUGGAAUGAUGAUCCUCAAAAAUGGGAUAAUUUGAUCAGUUGUCUGUUAAGUGUUAAAGAUACUCAAGGAAGCACAAUCAUUGUCACUACCCGCAGUGUGACUGUUGCAUCAAUCGUCCAAACACUUCCUCGGUGUGAUUUGGAAAAACUAUCAGACCAGCAAUGUUGGCUCAUUUUGAAGGACAGAGCAUUUCCUGAUGGGAGUGCUCCUUUAGAUUUAGAUGAAGCUCAAGAGAGAAUUGGAAGGGACAUCGCCAAAAAGUGUGCAGGUGUACCAUUAGUGGCAAAGGUUUUGGGAAGUAUGAUGCGCUCCAAAAAACGUGAUGGAUGGAAGUCAAUUCAGAAAAGUACAAUAUGGGAUUUGCAAGAAGAAGAACAAAGAAUAUUGUCGGUUUUGAAGUUGAGUUUUGAUGAACUUAAAUCAGCAUCUUUGAAGCAAUGUUUUGCAUAUUGCUCAAUGUUCAUCAAAGAUUUUACAAUUGAAAAGGAUGACUUGAUCCAACUUUGGAUGGCUCAGGGGUUGCUUCACCUUUCUCCCACAAGCAGUAAUCGAGAGAUGGAGGACAUAGGAAAUGAAUAUUUUAAUAUUCUAUUGCACAACUCGUUCUUUCAAGAUGUUGCAAAGGAUAGCUAUAAUGUGAUUACCCAUUGCAAAAUGCACGAUCUUGUUCAUGAUCUUGCAGAACAUGUAUCAAAGAGCAUGGGAUCCAACGGAAUUCGACAUAUGUCUCAAAUUUCUACCUCACUACUACAAGAAAUUCCAAAAAGAAGUGUUCAUAGAUUGCGCUCAGUCUUUUCGAAUGGUGAAGAUCUUGGUAACAUCUUACCAAGCUUGAAAGGUUUACGUAUCUUAAGUUUAAAGAAAGCUGAUAUUGAUGAGUUACCAAUUUCAAUUGGGAAGUUGAAACACUUGAGGUACCUAGAUAUUUCAAAAAAAAAGAUCAAACUGCUCCCGCAAUCUAUUGGCAAGCUUUACAAUCUACAGACACUAAGAAUGGAUGAUCUCAAUCUUGAAGAGUUUCCAAAAGAACUGCAAAAUUUGAUCAACCUGAGGCAUGUUUAUUUUGAUAAGGAUCCUAUGAAAUUUCCAGUUGAUAUGGGGCGGUUGAGUAAUCUCCGAUCAUUAUCUUUUUUCAUUGUGGGGAAGGAGAGAGGUCGUGGAAUAGAGGAGUUGGCUGGCUUAAAGCAUUUGAAAGGCGAAUUAUCUAUUUAUGAUUUGCAACAUGUGACAGAUGGGGACGAAGCAAAGAAAGCAAAGUUAGCGGAGAAGACAAACAUAUGCAAACUAAGGUUUGAAUGGCAGGGAAACAGGUCAAGCGCCAUCAACAUUGACAGGGAUGUACUAGAAGACCUUAAACCGCCCUCUGAAUUGGAACUGUUAGAGAUUUGCAAGUUUAGCGGGGAUAAAUUUCCAUCAUGGAUGAUGAGUGGUUAUUUGUUUGCUGCAUUGAAAAGAUUAACAAUUGAUAAAGCAAGGUACCUAAUUGAAUGGACGGAAAUUGCAGCAUGGCCAACAGAAGGAACAAUAGUGUUGUUUCCUCGGCUUGAGGAGCUGUUGUUGAGGAAUUGCGAUCAAUUGACAAGUGCUCCCACUCGUUUUCCAUGUCUCCAAAAGUUGGAGAUAGAUUCCAUGGAUAGCGGCAUGCCAAUAUCUAAUAUAAGCACCCAUCUGACCACUCUUACUUCUCUCAUAAUAAAGAAGAUAAGGAGACUUACUUGUCUGCCGGAAGGGAUGUUAAAAAGCAACAAGAAUCUUUCAAAUUUGGAGAUAAAGGAUUGUCCAGAGUUAACUUGUAUUGUUGACGAUGUAUACGGAUGUUGUGCAUCUCUGGAGGAACUGCGUAUUUCCAAGUGUCCUAAUCUGAGGACUUUGCCUGAUGGCCUACACACUCUACUCUCUCUUAGAAAGUUCAUUAUUGAUAACUGCAAAAGUCUGGAGUGCAUUCCCGUUACAUACGGCCUCACAUCUCUUUGUGAAUUUUCCGUUUGGUUCUGUCCUCAACUACCCAGUCUACCUGAGGGGCUAGAAUACUGCACCUCUCUUCAAAUGUUGACAAUUAGAAAAUGCUCCAAAAUAAGCUCCAUUCCAAUUACGCAGGGCCUCCCAUUCCUUCGCGAAAUAAAGAUUUCGUGGUGUGCACAAUUAUCAAGCCUACCGAGUGGGUUAGAAUAUUGUACCUCUCUUCAGAAGUUGACAAUUGAAUAUUGUACGAGUGUAGAGUUUGUUCAAACUUUACAUGGCUUUACAUCCCUCCGUCAAUUGAGCUUGUACAGAAUUUCUGGGAAAAUUCUACUAUCUGCGCUUGAAUCAUGUACCUCUCUUGAGAUAUUGUCGAUAAGCUAUUGCCCGAAUCUCGAAACUAUUCCAAGAUUAGACAGCCUCACACACCUCCGUAAGUUGGCGAUAUACGAGUGUGAAGUAUUAAAAAGUGUACCUAGUGCGUUAGCAUCCUCACACUACAGCCUCACUCGCUUGAUAAAAUUGGAAGUUGGCGGGUUCUGGAAGGAGCUUGAUUCAUUUCCUGCUUUUCACGUUAUCCCACAACUUGAAGAAUUAACCUUGUACGGUUGGCCAAAGCUGAACUCUCUGCCUGAACAAGUUCAACACUUCACUUCCCUGACAUAUUUGGAAAUAUACUCCUUUGACGGAUUGGAGGCUCUUCCAGAGUGGUUGAGAAACCUUACAUCUCUUGAGUGCCUAUUUAUAUCCAUGUCCAAGAAUCUGAUGUAUCUACCUACAAUUGAAGCUAUGCAGUGCCUCACCAAAUUACAGCACAUACACAUUUAUCAUUGUCCUCUUCUAAAAGAAAGAUGCAUCAAGGACAUCGGCCCAGAGUGGCACAAGAUUUCACACAUUUCAACAAUCCGUGGUUUGUCAAUCUGGAUGGAACCCAAAACUCAAUUCAAUAAUCUUCCAAAGUAUCCACAAAAAUGUUCAACUCAAGUCCAUUCACUCUUCUAAAGUUUUUAUUGAGAGACAGGCGUUGGUGAGGCAGAUUGAUGCUAUGUUUCUGCAAAAUUAUUUUCAUUCUAAUUAUGAGGGGCAUCUAUUAUUAUUAUUUUGGCAUAAUUUGGAGGAGCUUUUCACUCUCAACUGGGGCAAAACAGAGGCCAGGUACUUGAGUUCCCUUCCUCCCACAUGGUUAUUUACUUAGCGUUCUAGGAUGUUGGUUGCUCUAGUGUUGUUGUGAAGGUUGGGGAAGGCACUCCAAUUGCUACAGGUAUACAUAUUUUAACUAAUAUAGGCAUCAAAAUCUACUACUUGAAGGGGUCUGAAUUCUGGUCAGAAAGUGAAUAAAGCAAAUUCUCAAAUUCUCAGUGGGAACCAUAUUUCGGCACGGAGAUAUUCAAUCAAUUGUGGCAGUUUUCUAAUCAGCUCAACCCUUUUCAAUUAUUUUGGUUUGGAAAUCAUUGCAAGCUUAGAAGAUGCUACGAGGAAAGGUUUUUUGGGAGAUUCAGUUGCAUGGGACAAUUCUUUGUCAAGAAUCCGCUCAAGCAAAACUUUCUCCCUAGGUUUUGUGGCCCUGCUCAUAUCGUAUGGGGAUCGAUUAUGUAGUCAUUAUAAGGGGAACUAUUAUUGAUCAAAUGAUUAACCAAUUUGUUCUAAUGAUUAAUAGAUAGGGUCUCGUCUAAGGACCUAAGACCCUCACUAUAGAAUUCUUGAACAAUUAUCAUGGUAGGCCUUUUGGGAGUGCAAUGGCCUCAAUAUAGUUUUGGGUGUAAUUCGAGUUUUCUGUUGAGAACUAAGAUCAGGCCCCUUUGAGAUUAGAUUGGUUUUGUUGGGCAUUUGGGCCUCAAUGCCUUAAGCCUGAA